UGACGCGACUUUGAGGUUGGGUUGUAUCGAUGAAUGUCAACGAUUCCUGAUAGAGGAGAUAAGCACAAAGUCCAAAUUCAUAACCAUAGUCCGUUCGACAGAUAAAUCCUUGGUCAAACUACAAUAAUAUUCCUCAGAUUUUCUUAGUGAAUUUUCACGGUAGUGAGAGGGAUUAACAGAUCCAAAAUGUCGUCUAUUAGAUUAUUUGGGACGAUGAGGAAAAUCUCUCAACGAAAUAUAAAUUGCUUCAAUGCAGUCCGAAGAAUGUCUACCAAAGAAUAUAAAAACUCCAGGCUUAAGAUUGUUGAUAAUAUUGGAGUAAUUAUUCUAGACCAGCAAGGAUCAAAGGUAAACUCUAUGAGUGAAGAAGUUGUAUCCGAAAUUGAUGGACUUCUGAAGGAAGUACAAAGCAAUUCUCAGAUUCAAGCAGCCAUUUUAAUAUCAGGAAAACCUAGCUGCUUCAUUGCCGGCGCCGAUAUAACUAUGUUGGCCAAAUGCAAGAGUCAAGAUGAGGCAACACAUUUAUCUCACGAUGGUAAAAGAGUAUUGGACGAUAUCGAGAAGUCCUCUAAGCCCAUCGUUGCAGCUAUUAGAGGUUCCUGUUUAGGAGGUGGCUUAGAGGUAGCCAUGGCUUGCCACUACAGGGUAGCUGUUAAAGACAAGAAGACAGGCUUGGGACUGCCAGAAGUUAUGUUAGGAUUAUUGCCAGGUGCUGGAGGUACCCAACGUCUUCAUCCACUUGUCUCAGUGCCAAAUGCCCUAGACAUGAGCCUCACAGGAAAAACCCUAAAAGCCGACAGAGCGAAGAAAAUGGGUCUGGUAGAUCUCCUAGUGGAUCCUUUGGGUCCAGGUUUGGGAACUGCAGAAUCAACAACACAAAAACAACUCGAAAGAGUGGCUAUCGAAGUUGCCAAACAACUGGCAAGCGGAAAACUCAAGGUGGACAGAACUAAAAAGGGACUCACGGAUAAGGUUUUGAACUACGCUCUGCAGUACGAUUGGGUGAAGGAUCAAAUCUUCAACAAGGCCAAGAAACAGGUUAUGAAACUCACUGGUGGAUUGUAUCCUGCGCCAUUGAAGAUACUGGAAGUGAUCAGGACUGGAUUGGACAAAGGUAGGGAGGCAGGAUUUAGGGCAGAAUCUGAGGCAUUCGGUCAGCUGGCAAUGACACCACAGAGCAGAGGUUUGGUUAACCUCUUCUUAGGCCAAACAGCCUGCAAGAAGAACAGAUUCGGUCAAGGAUCGAAAGAAGUCAAAAACUUGGCUGUGCUUGGAGCUGGCCUUAUGGGAGCUGGAAUUGCAAACGUUUCUGUGGACAAAGGAUAUCGUGUGAUCUUGAAGGAUAGCCAACAGGCGGGAUUAGAUAGAGGUGUUGAACAAAUACAAAAAACUCUUGAUACUGCCGUCAAACGCAAGAAGUAUUUGGGAUUGGAAAGAGACAGGUUCUUAGCUAAUCUGGAGCCAACGUUGAACUACAGCAGCUUCAAAAACGCUGACAUUGUUAUCGAAGCUGUAUUCGAAGAUCUCAGCAUCAAACAUAAGGUACUGAAGGAAGUUGAGGCUGUUGUACCACCUCAUUGCAUCUUCGCCACUAACACCAGUGCCAUUCCUAUCUCUAAAAUAGCAGCAGCGUCCUCUAGGCCAGAAAAAGUUAUCGGCAUGCACUACUUCUCCCCAGUAGAAAAAAUGCAGCUGCUCGAAAUUAUAACCACAGAUAAAACCAGCAAAGACACAACGGCCACAGCGGUUGAUGUCGGUUUGAAACAGGGCAAAGUUGUCAUAACCGUUGGUGACGGUCCAGGAUUUUAUACAACCAGAAUCCUGUCGGCAAUGAUGGCAGAAUCUGUAAGACUUCUACAAGAGGGAGUGGAUCCCAAAGAUCUGGAUAUGCUGACAAAGACCUUCGGUUUUCCUGUAGGUGGCGCUACUCUCGCCGACGAAGUAGGCCUUGAUGUAGCAUCUCACAUUGGACCCGACCUAUUCAAGGCAUUCGGUGACAGAUUUGGAGGUGGUGAUUUAGGCAUCAUGAAAGAUUUUGUCAAAGCUGGGUUCCUAGGAAGAAAAUCAGGAAAAGGUAUUUUCCUGUACGAAGCAGGAAGCAAAAGUAAAGAAGUAAACCCAGAUGCUCUCGCAAUAGUUAAGAGAUAUAGUGUACAGCCUAAGGGCUCUACUUCGAACGAAGAUAGGCAAUUACGAAUGGUCCUAAGAUUUGUCAAUGAAGCAGUUUUGUGUCUCGAAGAAAAAAUUCUAGCUAAUCCUCUAGAAGGAGACAUUGGUGCUGUUUUUGGACUUGGAUUCCCACCAUUCACUGGAGGACCUUUCAGAUGGGUAGAUUACUACGGUGCUGAUAGAAUCGUGAAGAAGAUGGCAGAGUUUUCUGCAGAAUAUGGCAAACCCUUCGAGGCUGCACAGACUUUAAUCGAUAUGGCUAAGGAUAAGACUAAGAAAUUCUAUCCCCAAUAAAAUAUUUAUUAUUUGUGCCCAAAAAAUGGAUAAGUCGGGGGUGAUUGUUGUAUUUUAUAUAUUUUUCGCUAAAACUCAUUCAUUCCAUUUAAGUUUCACAAGUCCUUUCUGUGUUCAAUAUUUUUUACUCGCAAUAAAUCUUUUUUUGGAUUGAAGUAAAUUAAGACUAUCCAUGUCAAUUUCUCUCGACUAGUCUACAUAAACCACAAGUGUCUUGCAAAAUAUAUUUUUAUAAGCAAAAAUACUGGUUUUUAGAAUGUAUUUUAGGAAUGUAAUGUAAAUAAAUAUUUAAUUCUUCUAAAA